AUGACAAGACCAAAGAAAACACACACUCUUCAAACUACCUACUCUUCAUUGGACGUCCAUCUCGGCCAAUCCUACUCUGUUCUAGUCACGGCUGAUCAGCCCGCUCAGGACUGCUACAUUGUUGUGUCUACCCGCUUUACCACCCCAGUCGUCACCACAACUGCUGUUCUUCGCUACAGCAACUCUGCUGGCCCCGUCUCUGGCCCGCCACCAGGUGGACCCACCAUCCAAGUCGACUGGUCCCUAAACCAGGCCCGUUCUAUCAGGACUAAUCUUACAGCAAGUGGACCAAGGCCAAACCCACAAGGGUCAUACCACUAUGGACUCAUAAACACCACCAAAACAAUCAGGUUGGCCAACUCCGCAGGUCUCGUCAAUGGCAAGCAAAGAUAUGCAGUAAACAGUGUAUCCUUUCUGCAACCAGACACCCCCCUAAAGCUAGCAGACUACUUCCAGAUUGGAGGAGUUUUUCGUGUUGGAAGCAUAUCUGAUUACCCUAAUGGUGGAGGGAUAUACCUUGACACGUCAGUUUUGGGAACCGACUACAGAGCCUUUAUUGAGAUUGUGUUUGAAAACUACGAGGACAUCGUUCAAAGCUGGCACCUUGAUGGUUACUCUUUCUUUGUUGUUGGAAUGGAUGGAGGGUUGUGGUCCACGGCUAGUAGGAAUCAAUAUAACCUCCGGGAUGCAAUUGCACGCUGCACCGUGCAGGUAUAUCCAAAAUCAUGGACUGCCAUUUAUGUAGCACUUGAUAAUGUGGGAAUGUGGAAUCUGAGAUCAGAGUUUUGGGCAAGACAGUACCUCGGACAGCAACUCUACGUACGUGUCUACACAGCAUCGACUUCACUCAGAGACGAAUUCCCCAUUCCAAAGAACGCUCUUCUCUGCGGCAGAAAGUUCCACGACACUUUUAGCUAG